CUCUCUUCGGGGAGUUUGCGGGGGUUUUAGUGCCUCCCUCCAUCCCCGCAAUCGUUGCCAUUUGCCGCUCCUCCCCAUUUCUUCUCCCUCAAAAUCAUGGCGAUCCACAAUCUUGUAAUCAUUCUUUUCCAUUGAUAGAUUCGCUGAGUCUUCUUCCUCCAAUCCCUUUUCUCUCUUGCUAUGGAUGUCUCCAGUGCUCCACUCCUCAAAACCACCAAUUUUUUCUGCAGAGUUUCUUCUCUCCGAUCCAAUCCUACCUCUGUGACUCUCUUUAAGAAGAAUCCACUGAGGAAAGGCGCGGAUCAUUUUGUUGAUUUCUCAAAAAUCCCAUCCUGGAGACCUUCAGCCGCUUCCAUCCAAGGAGCUUUAGAAAUUUCCGCCCAUUUUCGGAGACCUUCGAGGCGUCGGAACACUCUCAGAGAGAAACUUAUUCCUUACGGAGAAGAAAGGAAGGUAAGUAAGGUUACCGAACUCUUAAACCCUGAUUCCAGUGAUUCAAACUAUAUCAAUGGCGAAACGAAGACAGAUAAUUCUGAGUCAAGUUCGAAUUUUGAUAGCGAGAGAGUGGUUGAUGGUGGUAGUUCAGCGAACCCAAAUCUUUCUGGGAAGUCGGUUUUGUUGAAUAAAUUGGAGAAAUGGGUCGACCGGUACAAGAAUGAUUCGGAGUUUUGGGGAGUCGGUGCAGGCCCUAUAUUCACUAUUUAUCAAGAUACUGAUGGGAAAGUUAGCCGGGUUUCAGUAAGUGAGGAUGAAAUUACAAAAAGGAGCCAAAUCCGAGUAUGGUCUCUUGAAGAGAAAGAAUCAACAGAUGAAUUUAUGGAUGUGAAUUCUAAGAUUUCACGUGCUAAACUCAUUGCUAAACAGAUUGAAAGUGGUCAGUAUGUGCUCCCGAGAAAUAGCUCAAUCGCUAAGUUUGUGGUUGAGGGGAAAAAAUUCUCUUUUGUUGAUGGUCUUCGGUCCAUAUCUCUUCAGAGUGGGCCAAUUUUGAAGAUCUCCCCUCAGAUUGGGUUCACAGUGUUGUGUGGUUGCUAUGUUUUCUGGGCCAUGACAAAGUUGUUUGCGGGAAAUCACGAGGUGGAGCUGACAAGGGAAGAGGUUGAGAUGCUGAGGAGAAAGAAAAAAUCGAGGAUGGAGGGGGAGGAGAUGAAGAAGGGCAGCAUCAAAGUUAUUGAGGAUGUACCAGAGUUCCCAACCACAAGAAGGCCUCAGUUGGAUAAGAAUGAACUGAUGAAGAACAUUAUGCAAGCCAAGGCAUCUACAGAGAAAUUGGCCAUAACAGAUAUCUCUAGUCAUUUUUAUCCUAGCAGUUCUGACUUCGAUGAUCAAGUUAGGGAAAUCAGAGAGAUGGUAAGCAAGGUUCAUGAAUUAGAGCAACAGGAUUAUUCCCAAAAUGAUAAGAAAGGUGAAGAAGAUGGUGUAGCUUCUAUUCUGUUGGGUGCAAGAGAUCAAAAUGUUAGUAAUGAAAAUAAUGCUAACGCAGAAGCUGCAUCCAUAAAAGAAGGUUCAAAUCAUGACAAUACUUCUGAAAUUGAUCUGCUUGAAGACCAGGAAAAGAAUGGGACGUCUUCUGUAUUUAUUGAAAACAAGAAGCUGCUCGGAGAAAAUAGCAUGGGUAAUAUGAACGAUGCUCCAGGUGCAGAAUCAUUAAACACCUCUGCAAACAGCAACCGUAUUACCACUGUUAAGGUGGAUGAUCAAAAUGAAGAGAAGACAACAUGCUCGAAGGAUGGAAAAUCUGUUAAGGUUGAUAUAGAACAUACUGUUCAUUCUGGUAACACUAAUGUUUUUAGUAUUGUUGACUGGAUCAAUGAAGAGACAUCUGGGAAAAUGAAGAUGGAGAGUUCCAUGAUGGAAGAGAAAGAAUCUAGCAGAAGUUCUUCUGAUUUUCUUAGAACCAGGCCAAAAAUUAUAAGGUCAGUGAAGGAAGCUAGAGAGUACCUAGCUCGAAAGCACGGGCCCCUACAGGGAAAAGUGCAAGCUGAUCAGGAAAUGCAAAUUAAAGAGCUGGCAGCAAAAACCAAUGCUUGCAGCUUUACUUAUGAUGACAAUCCUAUUGUAAGGACAAGUCAGUCAAGUAGGGAGAGUUCUAAUGUUCCUGUGCCAAAUAAACUGCAUCAUGAUAAUGUUUCUGACACUAGAUCACAUGGUGAUGGUAGUAUGAUUAAGACUUCAUCUAUCAUGAUGGAGAAUUCUGAAGUGCAAGGAGCAGAAACUGUGAAUGAUGGUAAUUAUAGAGGGAAAUCACUGAAGCCCCUAAAUGUUAAGGGAGGUGCGAAUUCUUCAUUUUCAGAUGAUUCUGAGAUCGGUAAAAUGUUAAGCUCAAAUGAAAUGUUGCUUGGAGAUGUUGCAGAACAGCCUGUUUCUCAUGCUUCUUCUAGCAUUUCGAGAAUGAGAAAUCUGAGUGAUGAACAAACACUUGUACAGGAUCAGAAUGACGGUUGCAUCUUUCACACAUCUGACAACAGUCAAGAAUCAAAAGCCCAUAGCAUCUAUUCUGAUAAAUCUACUUUAGGUGUUACUUCAGAUGUAUUGAUGUCUGGAAUGACCACGCCAUCCAAAAAUGAUGCAGUUUAUAAUUCUCAAGAAUCAGAGACUUUAACAGAAAAGGAGCAAUCUGAACAGAAAACACAACUUAGAAGACUUAAAAAUGAUAGAGAUAUUUGUGACACCAGAAAUAAUGAAGAUACUGAUGGCAGCAAGGGUGGGAUACUCAGUUUAGAAAGUAGAAUGGCUGGAUCAUCAACUUUAGACAUGACACAGAAUGUUACUUUAUCAUCUGUCAGCUCUUCCAAAGAGCCCACAACAGACAAAAAGGAAAUCGGAGAUGAUAAUUGUAGAUACUCUCUGUUUGGGGAUAACAUAUCUGGAGAGAAAAGAACAGCCAGCUCUCCUAAGUUUAAAGAAGCACAUGACAUGAAAGUGCUUUCUAGGUCUGGAACAAACUUCUCAGGUGAUUCUGAUGGAGCUGGCUGUCUAGCUAACGAAGAACAUCAAGAUGCUGAGAACAGUUGGGUCAACAAAAAUUUUCAGGAAUUUGGUCCUGUAAUUAAGAAGAUUGGAAUCGGCUUCAAAGAAAAUUACAUGGUGGCAAAAGAGAAGGUUAAAGAGCAGCAAGGUUUAAGUGCUGAUAUAAGGGAACUUGGAUUAAUGGAAGAGGAUGAGGAACUGGAAUGGCUGAAUGAUGAAAAUCUUCGGGAGAUCGUAUUUCAAGUUAGAGAGAAUGAGCUGGCUGGAAAGGAUCCUUUUCAUUUAAUGGAUCCUGAUGAUAAAAACACCUUCUUUGAGGGGCUUGAACGCAAAGCUGAGAAGGUGAAUGAAAAGCUACUGGGUUUGCAUGAGUGGGUCCACUCCAGGAUUGAAAAUCUCAACUAUGGAGAAGAUGGCAUCAGCUUGGAUGAUCCAUUAGAGAAGAUAAUUCCUCAUUGGAAAGGUCCUGUAAUUGAUAAAAAUCUUCAGUUUCAUAGCAAGCUCUCUGAAAAUCAGACAGCAAUUUUUGCUGAAAAGGGGGAUGCUCAGAAUAGCCUUCAAAAUAUGAAAGAGUCACCAAAUUCUAAUGAUGCCAUUUACUGUUCUUUUAAUGGUAAAAGGAAUAUGUCUCCUGAUAAGUCUUAUGCAAACCCCAAGACACUUAUAGAGAGCAGUGAUGGUGCAAGUAGACCUGGCAAAAAGACUGGGAAGGAACACUGGCAGCAUACAAAGAAAUGGUCCGAAGGUUUCCUGGAAGUUUAUAAUGCAGAGACAGAUCCAGAAAUUAAAUCUAUCAUGAGAAAUAUGGGAAAGGAUUUAGACAGAUGGAUCACGGAGAAAGACAUACAAGAUGUCGCUGACUGGAUGACAAGAAUACCUAAAAGGAAGCGGAAAUACAUAGAAAAGAAAAUGCAGAAAAUUAAAGGGGAAGUGGAAAUGUUUGGGCCGCAAGCAGUGGUUAGCAAGUACAGAGAAUAUUCAGAUGAAAAAGAAGAGGAUUACCUUUGGUGGUUGGAUCUUAAUUUCAUCCUGUGCAUUGAACUGUACACAGUCGAGGAUGGCAACGCGAAGGUGGGAUUUUAUUCCUUAGAGAUGGCUGCAGACCUUGAACUGAAUCCAAAGCAGUUUCAUGUGAUUGGUUUCGAGGAUCCAGGAGAUUCAAAGAAUUUCUGUUAUAUUGUCCAGGCUCAUAUGGAUAUGCUUGGAAGUGGCAGAGCUUUUGUCGUUGCUCGACCUCCAAAGGAUGCAUUUCGGGAAGCCAAAGCCAAUGGAUUUAGUGUUACUGUGAUCAGGAAAGGGGAGGUCAAGCUCAAUGUGGACCAAACACUGGAAGAAGUAGAGGAAGAAAUUACAGAGAUUGGAAGCAAAAUAUACCAUGAUAAGAUCAUGCAUGAACGAUCAGUUGAUAUUCGCACGUUAAUGAGGGGUGUAAUUACUGCUGAAAGAUCCACCAAGAGGUCAAAACAGAUGCGUACAAAGCUUGCUAAAUCCUAAAGACAUCAUCCAGAAUGGCACAAGGAGCCACCAGCUUUAUUUUCCUUUAAAGUGGAAGUUGCAGGCAUGGUGAUGGGAGAAGAAUAAAUUAUUAGGGGAGAGUGCAAGUGCGGAAGCCGGAGAGCGGAUAAACAAGACAAAAGCAUGGUGAAGAAAACCUCUAGAGCAGAAGCACUAAAAAGAAACGAGUCAUAUUGGAGUCCGCUAGAAAUAAAAUCUCUGUCAGAGACAAGUGAUGAUAUGUGCUUUAUACUAUUAGAUGUUAUAACAGUUGGGGUUUAUCUUGGAUCAAGUGUCAGCAUGGUUAAUGGAGGCUUUGGUGUUGGAUAUUUGAAAUUUCCUUCCCCACUAAGAGGGUUUUCCCCUAAAAGAGUACUUCUCUGUUUGAUUCAAUUCCAGGAUUUUAUGCUAUGCUUUAUGUACAUAUUCAUCACUGAUGAAUUGAUUCUUUGCUGUAAUCUUCUUGUAUCAGAUAGUCAGGCAAGCUGGCAUCAAAUUGUGGAUAUAUUGAAGGAAUUAUAUAGGCCGAUUGCCCGUGUAUGAGCUAACAAGAUACUCCUGUGAUGUUCUUUAUCCACAACCAAUUUCAUUCUCAAAUCAGCAAUGGAAGCAUGUAGCUGACCGAUGUACCUAAAAUUUGAGGACUCUCAAAGUACUAUGAUUUUUCCGUUACACUGUGCUCUGGGCUUCAGGAUUAAGAAAUAACUCAAGUUGACUACUACUCAUGAACUUCCAGUAACUUGUUGUACCUUCUUAGCAAUCCGUACAUAUUGGAAAUUUGGAAACUUUACAGGGGUUACAUCUCUUUUGUAAAUAUUAACUUUGUGGUACUUGAUAUUAAUAUGUUUCAUGAUUUCAAUUUUUCUUCUC